UCAGCAAAAUCCGGCUUAUAUACCAGACUACAUCUCCUUCUUCCCUUCCCAAUUACCAAAAACCAUUAACACACAACCACUAACUCACACACGUCUCUUUCAAAAUCCUUCCAUCUCUUUCUUUUUUUGUCUAGUUUCUUGUUCUGUUCCCAUCGAAUGAGCCACGUAAAACACAUCCACAAAGGGUCACUGGAGAGGUUUUUGGAUCUCCUCUUGAUCGCUCUCGUUGUUUUGAUGACUCUUAAAGGCGGCACGAGUGGGGCCUGUGCCGCGUGCAAAUACCAACGUAGACGGUGCGCCUCAGACUGCCCCCUCGCGCCUUACUUCCCCGCUGAACAGCCAAAACUGUUCCAAAACGUUCGCAGGCUAUUCGGCGUUAGAAGCAUCGUCAAAAUCCUCGAAAGACUCGACGAAACUCAAAGACCCGAAGCUAUGAAAUCUAUCAUCUUCCAAUCUUAUGUCCGUGACCGUUCCCCUGUCCACGGUUGUCUCGGCGUCACGCAACAGCUUCAAUACAUGAUUUGGCUCGCUGAAGAAGAACUCAAAGCUGUCAAUGCACAGCUACAACUCUAUCGCUCUCAAAACGACGGUCAAAACCAGCAAAACCAUAAUCAGAUGAUGAUUAAUGACCUUGGUGUUGUUGUUGAUAAUAAGCAGCAACAGGAUGAUGUAACAUCGCAGCUAGAUUUAGGAAUGGGACUUAACGUUAACAAUAACCAAAGCAGUGUGGUAGCCCCAUUCUUUAGUCCGUUGCCCGUAUCUGAAACACAACAGCCUCAAAUGUCUUACACUUAUAGUUGUAGUGAGGUCAAUAACAAUGGCUAUAGUCCUCCAGCUUAUAAUACGGAUUCGGGCAAGGAGAUUAUGACAAACAAUAAUAAUGUUUGGGGUGUUCAUAAUCGGUUUCUGUAUAACGACAACAACGGAGGAGGGUUCAACAAUCAAAACGAGAGCUGUCACGAGAUGAAGAGCGAUAGCGGUGUAAUGGGAAUACAAUCACAGCUCGUUAAUCUGCAAAUGGCAUCAAAUCAUCAGCAACAAGAAGAAGAAGAUGAUGCUCAUGAAUACGAUGAAAUCCUCAAGCUCUGGUGAAACGUUGAAGGAACAGAUUGAUGAAAUUGGAGAGAAUGAAUUGAGAAGUGCAGCUACUUGCUUCAGUCUAACCAGUGUGAAUUGAAUUGAUUUAUCAAUUCAUGAUCUUUAUUUACGUUCUUUUUUUCCACGUCGUCUCUGAAGUUUUGUUAUUCUUUUGUUUGACAUUUUCUUUUCUUCGUAUUUAUUAGACAGAGACGUAUACUUUUCUUUUUUUUUUCUAUUUCUAAUUUCUUUUUUCAUAUAAUAAACUAUCUGUUUUGGAUCUCUUUUAAUAUAGUUAUUCAUUUAACUUUAAUAUUUUACUACAAUUUAACUCUUUUUGCCCUA